CGGUGUAGUACGCGUGGGGGGUUCGACGAAUAUUUCUCAGGAACUUCGGGGAGACCGGGGGUGUUGUUCCGUCUCCUGCUUCGCGGCGCUAAGUGUUACCGCCAGUAAAUAAGAGAAAGACAAAAGAAACCCUCGUCGACGUUAAACUACAUUAAAUCUGUUUCACGUGAAACAACUCGUAGAUUCGUAUCGCUAUCUCCGGUUAUCUCCCUGUCUGCUGCUGCUGCUGUCGCCGGGUCAGGCGGCGGCGGAGUCGGAGGGGGGGCUAAAGGCACCCCUUGUCCUGGCUGCACCCUUUGCCUGCACGCAAUCAUGGCUGCCUAGCGCGGGGCGCGUAUUGACCAAUUUUCCCGUAUGACUUUUAAGUCGAAAUCCUUGGCGUGUGGCUCGUAGGGCGUGUCUAUUAACCCCGGCAUCCAAAUCACCCUGGGAAGCUGGUGUUAAGGCAUGUAGGCGACGAGAGUACAGAUCAGAACAACAACAUCACCAUGACUAGUGUCGAUUUGUUGCAGCCCGGCCAUGUGGUCAAAGAACGAUGGAAAGUUCUGAAGAAAAUAGGUGGUGGUGGGUUUGGUGAAAUCUACGAGGGUCUAGAUUUGGUCACGAAGGAACAAGUUGCUCUGAAAGUAGAAUCUGCACGCCAGCCGAAGCAAGUUCUUAAAAUGGAAGUGGCCGUUCUUAAAAAGUUGCAAGGUAGAGAACACGUUUGUCGAUUCAUAGGAUGCGGUCGUAAUGACAGAUUUAAUUACGUAGUGAUGCAGUUACAAGGAAGAAAUCUAGCCGAACUACGACGAGCACAGCCCAAAGGUGCAUUUUCGCUUUCCACAACGUUGCGAUUGGGCUUGCAGAUACUGAAAGCCAUUGAGAGCAUUCAUCAAGUGGGCUUCCUACACAGAGACAUUAAACCAUCUAAUUUUUCAAUUGGUCGUCAUCCUUACACGUCGAGGCGCGUAUAUAUGUUGGACUUUGGCUUGGCACGACAAUUCACUACCGGCACAGGAGAAGUUCGUGCUCCGCGCGUGGCAGCUGGAUUCAGGGGAACUGUGAGAUAUGCUUCCGUUAAUGCCCACAGGAACAAAGAGAUGGGAAGGCACGAUGAUUUGUGGUCACUUUUCUACAUGCUGGUUGAGUUCGUCAAUGGGCAACUACCCUGGCGUAAAAUAAAAGAUAAAGAACAGGUCGGUCUUAUGAAAGAAAAAUACGACCAUACUCUUCUUCUCAGGCACCUUCCUUCUGAUCUCCGUGUUUUCUUGGAACACAUCCAGAGUCUGGAAUACGUAGACAAACCAAAUUAUUCAAUGCUGGCUGGUUUGUUCGAUCGCUGUAUGAAACGUAGAGGCGUGAAAGAAAAAGACCCUUAUGAUUGGGAAAAACCCGGGAUAGCAGAACAAAACUUACCAUCCACUAGAUCUUUGCCUACUGCGACAAUCCCACCAGCACCUCCUACGGCUGCAACAACUAAUCAGGCACCAACAAUACCAAACCUUGACACAAAUAAUCAAGAAAACAUGGAACCAGAUAAUAGAAAGGAGCUGGAUGCUCAAUUUGACUAUGAAAGUGCGUAUAGAAAAAUACGGCAACGAGGAAUUGAGGAAUCAACAGUUUCAUUAAUUCCAGCCCUUAGCAAUCUGGGUAUUAGAGAUAAAAAUUGCAAUGCUACAAUACCAGUGACAGACAACACACAUCAACAAGAUGCUCAACAGGCAGCUGUUACGUCUCCAGUACAAGGCUCAAUAUGGAAGAGGCGAGCGGUAUCCAUGGCUGUCGAACCACAAGUACAAGCAACUCCUACAGAAAAACAAGUGGACAAUGAAGGAGAUGCGUUAAUGACAUCUGCUCGUUCCGCUUCUGAAGUUCCUCGUCCCAAAAAUGUUGCCAAUACUUCCACUCCACUUCGAAAAUCCGCUAGCGGUGCUACUUUUGCUUGUUUGAGAGUUCAAGUUCAAGAACUUGGGAAUCAGGGUACUCCGGAAACAGCACCGGGUGAUGCUACUACUCCUAGGAUACAAACUGAAGUAGAUGCAUCGUACUGUUCGUACGACGGAACUCAUGUUAAACAAGUGGGAAACCAAAGUCCCGUGACUGAGCAAAGAGAACCUCUGCGAAGAGAGCCAAGAAGACGGACAGAUGGUAGACAAUCAAAUAGAGGGGGUCGUGCAGCAACACGCGAUUGUUCAAUAACACAAUUUGCGCAAAUAGACGACGACAAUGUUUCAGCACUGCAGCAAGUAACUAGAGGCGGUGGAGGAUUAACGCUUGCCUCACAGUGGAAAUCACAGUUUGAUGAUUCAGAGGAAACUGACAAUGAAUGGAAAGGAGAAAAUUUACAAAGUCCCGAGCACAAGGGCACUAAUCCACCCUCUUUAGUUCCACAGUUGAGUAAGAAGACAAAUGUGCAGUCCACAGCUGUUAGUGAAGUCGUAGCUACUGCUACAGUGACAGGGGGUUCUCAGGACACAAAAGUCCAAGCUACGCCAGCAGCAUCUGUCACACCAGCAACGACUCAACAGCAGAUUGCACUCACAGGACAAGCAGCUUUAUCUAGAAUCAGUGAAGAUUCACCACGGCCUCCAGCACCUCACAGAUGUCUAAACAUUGCCGGGAUUGAAAAAUAUCCAGAACUUCAAGGAGCAUUGCCUCGUGCUUGGAGUAUGCCGGUGAUGGCAUGCAAUAUCCGUUAUGACUUAGAAGCACCAUUGGUGCAACAAGCAGCAUUCGAUGAUCUAUUGUACGAGGUUGAUGUGAUGAGAAAUAUUGCAGCACGUCGCGAUGAUCCGAAAGAAAUUAUACCAGUUCGAAGGGCUAGUGUACCAGCAGUUACGUUUUCACCGCCAAAUACAGUGCCAACCACGCCAGGUGCUGACGACGAAGAACAAGCGGUUGCUGGAAGGCUUGAAAUCAGGGUCGUAGAUGCAACGGGAGGGGCCACAAUCGUACAAACGAGAGCUGACAAGGAACCUUUACAAAAAAAAUUAACAAAUGGCACAGCCGGCAGUCCAGCCAGUCCAAAUCCAGGACCUGAAGAUCCAUCUAUAUAUUUUGACGCAGCAGAAAAUCACGCAGCUAUUAAUAAUAUUUCGAAUGGAGGCGCUUCUGCGGCUACCACAUCAAAUACCUUACCCAAUGCUGUUUCGGUUCGAGAACUUAAAGAAAUUAAGGAGAAAGAAAUAGAAAUAGAAAAAGAGAUAGAGACAGAAAAAGAUAAGGAUGUUGAGAAAGAGAAGGAAAAGAAGAGAGCGAAGGAAAGGGAAAAGGCAAAAGAAAAAGAAACUCCAAGUAGACCACAUAGUACACAUAGCAAGAUUCCAGUGCCAGUGAAAAGUCCACGAUGUUCUUUGUCCGAACCCACACCUGAGUCAAAUAAUACAGUAAAUACUACGAAAUCCGGAACUGGGAGUGAUAUGGAAAAACCUUCUGUGGGAAGUCAACAUAAAGAGAAAGAUAGUGCAAACAAAGGUAAACCUUUGAUAGUACCUGCAGAAGCUCCGGCACUCCGUCGAUGUGUAACGUUGCCUGACGCACGGCCAACCCAGACUCUCUUAACUUCCGCAAGUUCAACUGAUGAAGAAAACCUGACUGGUUGUACACCUGCGCUUCGUCGUCGAAGGCUGAGUGAGAAAUACGUCACUGAUGCUAGUCAACUCAAUCUGCACUUUCAAAGACCUCAACAUAGACCCAGACCAAUUUCUGAGAUAUUACCACACAUGCAACUAUAUGCUAGAGGUGUGCCAUCGUAUUUACUAGGGGAGGGUGGAAAGCGAAGUGAAGAAAGCAGUGAUAAUGAAUCCGACCAUAGUGGACCUCCAAAUGCUCAACCACCGCCACCACCCACCUCACUGCCUCCUCAUGGGGCUGAAAAUAAUGCUAGGUGUCGCAGGUACAGGCCAGUACCAGAUACGACGGUAGUCAGCAGAAAGUCGUGAGGUUCACUUGAUGAAACGCGGAAUUCCUCAUGUACAUCAAGAAUGGCAAUGUUGUACCCAUGGUCUACCAGGAAUGUGAUACCUUAUUAGAUUAAAAACAAAGCCUAAAUAUUUUCUAGCAGUUGACAUUAGAUCAGUCUCAAGGCUCCGGGGAAUAUCGACGAAAGGCAAAUCGCAAUGUAACAUUAUGUUACAUCGGAUUGCAAAUAUGACAGUGUAAUGCGUCAUAAUCUCGAGGUAUAUAUUUUAUCUUAUUUCCGUCGCGUUUGGAGACAGCAAGCGCCGUUAGUAUUGUUUCAGGAAGGUAAAACAUUUAUCUUUCAAAUUUUUAUGAAGAAAAAUACGAAAGAAUUUAAGUGUUUUGAAUACAACUGUAAGUGAACUUCUCUUCAGUGUAUAAAUAGUGAAAAAUGUAAACUAAGUUUAUUGCAUAAUCGAAUCACAGUAAAUCUGAGUCACACUCAGCUGGUAAAUGUCUUUGUGGAUGAAAUAGGUGAAAUUUGCAGUAUAGUGGCAUCACAGCAUGAAAAGUGAUUUGCUUUACGUGCAAUUCUGCUAAUUGGGAAUGUGUAUAUAUGAUAUUUAGUGGUGACUGACCUGCAGUACCACGUGGCAGCUAUUUUUGAUUUCAUUUACGUUUAUAGGUCCACUGCAUAAAAUACAUGAUAUUCGAGGGGGAGAAAAAGAAACUGAUGUAACAGAAAUAUAAGUGGUAUCUAUGAUGAA